UGGGAAUGCCCGUUUUGCGGACUGUUCAUUGAAUGCAUAUGUGCGGCUGCGGUCGUGGAGCUCUCCCUCCUGGGCAUGCGCGGUACAUGUACAGGCGUUUAAAAGUUGGGGCAAAGAUCUUUCAGCUUUAACUUAAGAAUUCUUUCUUCGCAGACAACUUUUCGUGCCAUUAGGCUGGACGAUGAUAUCAGUGGUGCUGGCGACGGCGCUCGCCGGAUUUGCGGCCGCCCUGGUCUUCCAGAGGAUGUUUUACCCCUUCUUUUGGGAUGAUUUGAUUUAUUACCUAAAAGUUCGGCAAGUCGGACGACUGAUGAGGUUAAGGAUGAAGAAUGGUGUUGUCACUUUCAUCGACUGCUUUGUUCACCAGGCGAGGAAAAUCCCCGAUAAACCCUUCAUCCAUUAUGAGGGUCAGGUUUUAACAUAUCGGGAGGUAGACAUAAGAAGCAACAAAGUGGCACAGGUAUUCAGGGAAUAUAGUGGCUUGAAAAAAGGAGACAUCGUCGCGCUCCUGAUGAACAAUGAGCCCGAUUUCAUCUGCGUUUGGUUCGGACUUUCCAAGCUGGGCUGCGAGGUCGCAUUUUUGAACUUUAACAUCAAAUCAAAGUCCACUCUUCAUUGCUUCCAGAGCUGCGGUGCAAAAACUCUCAUCGUAGGCGCAGAUUUGGUCAUUUGCCUGGGUGAACUGCUGCCCUCCUUACAGAGCAGUGGGGUUGACUUGUGGGUUGCAGACACCUGCUCGCCUUGCCCGGGCGUGAACACCUUGCUGGACAAGCUGGAAUGCGCUUCAGGCGAGCCACUUCCCGCAAAGGGCUUUCCUCCCGCUGACAUCAUGACCAACUUCCUGUUCAUCUUUACCUCAGGAACUACAGGCCUGCCCAAGGCGGUGCGUAUCGGGCACCUCAAAGCUGUCAUGUGCCAGUACUUUCUGAAGAUAUGCGGGGCCGUCGCCAGCGACAAUGUGUACAUCGUUCUCCCACUGUACCACAUGUCGGCCUCCCUGCUGGGAAUCGGCGGCUGCAUCGAGCUGGGAGCCGCAUGUGUUUUGAAAAAGAAGUUCUCUGCAAGCCAGUUUUGGAAGGACUGUCGGCAGUACCAUGUGACUGUGUUUCAGUACAUCGGGGAGCUCUGUCGCUAUCUCGUUACCCAACCCAAGGGUGUUGAGGAGACAGCUCACAGCGUGCGACUCGCGAUCGGGAGCGGACUGCGGCCGGAUGUCUGGAAGGAGUUUGCCAGGCGUUUCGGGAAGAUUCGCAUUUACGAAUCGUAUGGCUUGACCGAGACCAGCAUCGGCUUUGUCAACUACACCCGGGAGAUCGGGCCCAUUGGCCGCGCUGGAUACUUCAACAAGAGGAAUUUGCCCUUUGAAUUCCUGAAAUAUGACCCUUUGACGUACGAGCCGAUCCGAACAGACAUGGGGCGCUGCGUGAGAGCUAAUAAAGGAGAGACGGGCAUUUUGGUCGCCCCCUUGUCGGCCACCAACCCCUUCCUGGGCUAUGCGGGCAGCGAGACGCAGUCAGAGAAGAAGCGACUCCGGCAUGUCUUCCAGGAGGGCGACCUCUAUUUCAACACUGGGGACCUCAUGGUCCAGGACCACUGGGAUUUUGUGUAUUUCCAGGAUCGGAUAGGAGACACCUUCAGGUGGAAGGGAGAGAACGUGGCUACGACAGAGGUGUCGGAGGUCCUGGGUGACGUGGAUUUCUUGCAGGAAGCAAACGUGUACGGCGUGACUAUUCCAGGAUACGAAGGCAGAGCUGGAAUGGCAGCGGUUGUCUUAAAAUCCGACCAGUCGCUGGAUGGGAAGAAGCUAUACAGUCACUUGUCGGAAAGGCUGCCGGCAUACGCCUGGCCGCGGUUUCUGCGGGUUCAGGUAUCCCUGGAUGUGACAGAAACGUUUAAACAACAGAAAGCAAAACUGGUCCAAGAGGGUUUCUCUCCAUCCAUCGUUCAGAAGCCCCUGUAUUUCCUGGACACGUCCAAAAAAGAUUACAUUCCUCUCACCGAGACCGUGUAUGACAGCAUCAUAAGUGGAAAAAUAAGACUGUAAAACAAGCUGUAAAAGAAUAUAGCUAAAAAAAACAGGGAUCCAUUUAUGAAUGAGUAACUUUCUCAACUUAUAAUUGAUUUUGAUAAUAAUUAUAUAAGAUAUUGUCUUAUAUAAAUUGAAUUUAGCAACUGAAUGACUUUCCUAGUAAAUAAAAUUAGCUUAUAGAAAUUGGUUUUCUUUUUUUAAUGGAUUUUAUCUCAGCAUGCAUUUGAGUUGCUCUAGCACUUUUUAAGUUUAUAAUUAUAUUGUUACUAACAGUCCCAACUUGUGCUGCAGAUGAACGGAUUGGUGUUUCUCCAUCUCAUUUUCGGUGAAAGACAACAGAUCACAUGUAAUUCAGGGACCUUUGUAACUCAGAGAGGCAGACGUCUCUUCCAGCAGAUCUUUAAGCCGCUGACAUAUUGUAGAGACGUGUUCACAUAUAGAUAGGAUAUAUACUAUACACACACAUGUGAAAUGCGUCAGUUGGAGAAGCAUUUCACUACAUUCCAUCAAAUCUUCCGCGUGAAGUAUAGCUUAGCAGGGAACGCCGAGCUGGAAUUCGUUUGGUGGAUGAUUUGUCUGAGUUUUUUUUUUUCCUGGGGCUGCAUGUGUAUCUGCUUUAGGCUCAACUAAAAACCUUAUAUUUUAACUCUUUAGUAUGUCUCCAUUCACACUACUUGCAAGUUUUUAAAUGACUGUUAAAAAAAAACGUUUAAAUUCUGGUGAAAUAGUUGUAAUUCAUCUAAAUUUUGUAAACUUGGUUACGCAUUUUUCCACCUGUAUUUUGCUAAAUAAAGGACAGUACAAGAAGUACGAUUAUGAAUUUCUUGA